UGGGGCUGUGGCCGGGUCAGGAUUCCUCCGGAGCGGUUUUAGAGCAAGGCUGGGACCUGAUCCCCUGGCAGGGCGAGAGAGGCGGCACCAAGCAGAUGGGAAUAUAUUUUUAUAUCUAAAUCUAUAUAUAUGUACAUCACUGUAGGUUCACCCGCAAGGCGAGCGAGCUUUCCCUUUUAAAGACUCCUCCAGCACCGUUUCUGUCUAAAUAUUUACCUUGUAAAGCCUUGGACUAACCACGCUGGGGUCUGUGGGCAGAGCUGGGUGCUGGGGUGCAAACCCUGCCAGCCAAGUGCCAUCACUGUUUCUGUUCGUGGAGAGAGCUGCUGAUUCCUCCCGGGGUGCUGGAGUUCAUAAAAAACCAGAAUAACAUAUGGGUUCCUCCUUUAAAGGCCUCUGUCUAAGGGGUUUGCAAAGGAUGAGCCCUGCUCAGUGUGUGUGUUGGCAAAGAGGGUACAGUAGCCUGUUGUUAUUAUUUUGUAGGGAUAGGAAGGGAAAUAAUGGGUUGUUAUUUGUUUUUUAAGGCCUCAUCUGUUCUCCCAGCAAUGUGGGAGCAGAAUGCCUUAUUUCCUAGCUGGAGGAUUGAGUUACUCUUGAAUUUGUCAAGGAGCUGGAUUGGGUUUUCAGUGUCUGUGAUUUACAGGGGUUGUCCACAAAGGUGUUUGCUCAGAGUGGAGAGGGGUGAGAACUGGGAUAUAUCUCAGUGUUGUAUUUUAGCAGGAUUUUUGUGUUGUUUGGGAAAGGGGAAACCACAGUGUUUGACAGCAUUUCUGUGGGGAUGUUUGUUAUAAGUGGUUCCAGGCAGAUCCUGCAAGCAGGAGAAGCUUGUUGAAUCUGCUGGAAUUCUGCACGGGACAGCUUCAAGGGGGAAGCUUUGGCACUCGGGAGCCAGAGGACACCAGAUAAUCUUUCAGACCACUUAGCACAACACUUACAGUGUCCAGGCAACUGGAGUAACCAGAAAAGCUGGAGAGGGGGGGAAAAAAGGCCUUUAAUAUCCUGCAGAUGUGCUGGCUCCUGCUUGUUCCAUGAAUCAGGGUAUUGCAUGAAUGAAAGAGUUAGUAAAGCUUGUUUUUAUUGUCACGUGCGUGGCAGGUGCUUUACAGAUGAGGAAAAAAAAAAGUCCUUGUCUUGGAGAGGUUAAUAUGAGAUGUUAUUGACCCAACCUGCUUUGCUUGCCCAUGGGGCUGUUCAGGUGGCAAGAUCUGGGACAAAUAUUUGCAUGGAAUGCAGGGAAUGCUGGUAGAAGAGGGCCAGGAGCUAAUUAACCUGGUAGUGCAGUGCAGUAUGUUCUCAGAGUUGGGAUUUAAUUUGGCAUUUUUACCUUUUUGGUGUUUCUGUGGCUGUGGCUAGAAAUUUGACACUGAUGUUAAUAUAACAUCUGACAUUAACUGCUGGAGUUGAAUGCUUAGGCAGCUGCUGAAACAAAUCAGGGUUAUUUUUCAGCCAGAUAAUUUUCCUGAUCUGAUGCUCCAUGUGACCACAUAAACAAGUGUGAAAGGGCAGAACAGAUCUUGUGGGGAGAAGAGCAACCACUGAAGCUGUGCAAUGUGGGGAUUUUUGAAAAUACACCCCAGAUUUGCACUAAAAAGAAGAUAUUAACAUCCCCCUUGCUUGAGAUGUGACUUGUAGGUGGUUUAGGGGGAGAGCUGUCAGCCAGCUCUUUUAAGGCAAACCAGAGUUCAAAUCUGAGCUUUAUCAUGUCUGUAGUUCUGUCCAUACAUAGAGCUGUGGCUGAUUUGUGCCAUGGGAACAGCCAGAACAAAUGACAGCUGAGCAAAUCUGGGUUGAGGUGGUUUGUUACUCAGGGCUGCUCAGUGUGUGCUCAGGUGAGCAGAGCCCUGUCAAUAAUUACAGUUCUCACAGUGCAGAGAGAGAAUUUGGGGAGCAAAGUGGUCAAUUGGGUGAAGUAGAUUCAUGAGCUGGUUCCUGGGGCCAGGAAACUGUAGAGCAAAAUGGGGACAGGGGUGUGAUUUCAGUUUUCAGCUGUGAUUAUUGUGUUUUUAUGUGAUGACCCUCAGGCUGUGCUCUCAGGGCAGAGCAUUGCUCAACUCUCCCCCAGCUGGCCCAGUUUGAUCAGGGAUUUCUCCUCGGAGGCCAUGGAGCUUUCAGCCAACGAGCUCAGCAUCUAUGACAAGCUCUCAGAGACCAUUGAUCUGGUGAGGCAGACUGGCCACCAGUGUGGCAUGUCAGAAAAAGCCAUUGAGAAGUUCAUCAAGCAGCUCUUGGAAAGAAACGAACCCCAGAGGGGCCCCCCACGGUACCCUGUCUUAGUGGCUCUCUACAAGGGACUGCUCACCCUGGGCCUGGUGUUGCUGACUGUUUAUUUGGUGAUCCAGCCCUACAACCCUCUGCCACCUGAAGCACCACUCUCCAGAGCCCAGGCCUGGGGCUCCCUCGUCGGGCACAUCCGCCUGCUGUCCCUGCCCAUUGCCAAGAAAUACAUGUUGGAGAAAUGCCAGGACUGGUGGGCAGCAGGUUGCAGACAGAACACUUCUGCACUUCCUGCAAACUGCACAGUCUGUUCUGCUGUGAAAAGCCUUCACAUAGUGACAGACCCCAGCCAGCUAUCAAAAAAGCUCCAGAGGCAUCAGCCUUUUCUAAUCAAGACAGGGCAGCACCUCUCCUAUGAAGAACUGAAGCAUUUUCAGUCCCAGGAUCCAGAACUGGCAGGGGUUAUAAUAGAAGAAAAUUCAGCUGAAUUAUGGAGCUGCCCAUUUUUCUUUCCCUGGAACAAGUCUGUGAAUAGAUCCAGGAUUCUCCAGGAUUUUCUCCCUGCCUCCUUUUUGCAGUCCUUCCCCAAGACACUGUCCCUGGAGAGCUGCUUCCUCAUCCGCCACCCAGACUUGGGGAAUAAGAGCUACAGCCUGCACAGCCUCUUUGCUGUUGGGAGUGGGCAGCUCACCCUGACUGUGUCACCUCUGGACACGUGCAGAGAACACUGCGAGGUGUUCAAGGUGGAGCUGGAAGCUGGGGAUUUGGGUUAUGCCAGCACAGAUCACUGGACAAUGAGCUUCAUGGCCAGAGGGACAGAGCCAGCAGUGAUUUGUGAUGGAGCUGCCAGCUAAGGAUGCUGGGGUGGGAAAACAGAGCUGUUCCCAGGACAAGAAGACUUUCAGCUUUGAAGCCAAGGCAACGUCUUGAGAAGAGCGAGCCAGGGCAACUGGGGCAGGCAGCUUUGCCACCCUGCAUGUUUACAGUGUUUAAAAAGGACUAUUUUCCUGACCCUUGAGGUAAUCCUUUGCCUUUCCUCAAAUGUAUUUUGGGAGAAGCUCAAGCUAUUUAUGACCCUCCCUGUCCCCUCAGGUAAGCCCUGGGUUUGCAGCAAAGGGUUUUUUUUUCCAGGAGCAGCAGAUGGAUUUCUCAGGAUGAGAUUCACCUUUGUGGAUUAUGGCACUUCUGAAACUUCCUGGGGGGUUUGGGAGUGGAUGGGGUGUGUGACAUUUCUGUGUACAUUCCUCCUGAGGAGGAAGCUUUGAGCCUGUGUAGUCAGGCCAGUUCUAUAAAGGGAAUGAAUUGGUGAUGUGUCCCAGCUCUCCUCACGUCCGCAGCUGUGUGAGCCCUGCAGAACUGACCUUGGCUCCUGCUCCCUGCCUGGGGAGAGCCUUGAGCCUGAGGGCAGAAACUCUCACCCACUUCGUCCUUCUUGUACCAAAAGAAUCCCUUCAGGCCUCUCCGUGUUGUGAUCACUGUUCUGCAGCUCUCUGUCAGCAGGUUGUGUGAGUGAGUCAAAUGGUAAUUGUGCUUUUCUUCACCUCCACUUCCUUUCCUGCAAAAACACUGACACACGUCUCAGAGGUGCUGGCAGUGGAGGAGUUCUGGAUGGAGCUGUGGCUGGGAGAGAGCAGCUCUGUCCAGCUUUCACCUCAGACACCAAGGGCUGCCCAGCCAUUCUCAGCUGCUCUUUGUUUUUGGAGGCACUGCCUGCAUUCUCAGCCCUCGGUACCUUUGGGAGCACCUGAAACCUCCCUCUUCCCUGGCAUAUAUUUACAUUGACUCUUUCCAGACCUGGAACUCUGUCUUCAGAAUGAACAUUGGUUUUUCCUGGGUCCUUUCCAAGCUGCCUUUGCGUGUUUCCUGCUGCUGGAGCAGCGCUGUCUCCAGUGCCCUGAGAGAGGCUCGGGUUCGGGCUUUGCAGACUGCGGAUGCUCCGGUCCCUUCCAAGUCUGAUCCUUUGGGUCUGAUCCCACUGCUGAAGAUCAUUUACAGAUGUGUCAGGCUGAACUCAUAGGCCAGGGCUGGAGUUCAGGACAUACUCUCUCACACUUGUUAAUAUGGAGUUGGGAGGGGUUUUGGUUGACAGCGAGUUAACUCUGUUCUCAGGAGCAAGAGCCUUUUUCUCUGUAAAUAUUUUAGGUACAUGUAAAAUGACAGAUUGGGAAAAUGUCUGUCCAGCCUUUGUUUUUGAGGGGAGGGAGCAAACAUUGUGCUAAUCUGAUUAGGAGUUGAUUAAAGCUGCCAAGUGGGAUGACCACUUCUGGCUCCUGUACAAGAAUAAGGCAGAGGACAGUUCCUGCUCCAAAGAAUUCAGUCUGAGGCCUUGACACUACAAACAUUUCUAUGCAUAACCCUUGUUUUUCUCCUGUCAAAACAAUGAGAACAAGCCCAGCACCUGUGUCAGUCUGUGCAUGGCCCUUGGUGCUGGACACACACCAGAUGUAGUAGAACCAAAAUGGGAGAGAGUGUCUGGCUCUCUCAGGAUAGAAGAGGACUGAUAUAAUUUGUUACCAAGUGUUAAAGGGAAUUGGACUAAUAGAACUUCCAUUAGUGUUCUCACUGCUUGGAGUGUAUUUCACACUCAUGACACUACAUUCAGUCUUGCACAUGCCAAGACACACACACACACCACCCCUCUCCCUCCCCUUAAAGCCUGGGUCUUAGUUAAUGGAAAUUUGGGAGUUCAGUGAUGGCAGAAUUAGGGCCUCAUUAGUGACUGUUGCUAUUUACACUUUGGCAGCUUCUCAAAUCAAAUUCAAAGGCUGACCAGGUUACUUCACCUCUUACUGCUUUUGUAUCUGACCCAUUUUUGUAAAGCAUUUGCUCAAAGAUGCUGCUGGAGCCAUUCUUGCUGAGAUUGUGGCGGUUUGGUGACACUGUCACUGCUAAGUGUCCUUGACUGUAACUUGUAAAAGAGCUGCGGAGACAAUUCCCAAGUGUCUGUGAAAUGCCUGGAUUUUGAGAGUCACACUUAAGCCAUUGUGGCUGUCUGGCUCUUUCAGGAAGAAGCAGAGAAAAUGGAUCUAUUUACAGUUGUUGUUUGGAAUGGGGGGAGGAAGGGGCAGGUUUUUAGCAGAAAUGUUCUCACGUAGUGCUUCUCCCUUCCUCGAAGAGUUGCAGCUGGUUGGACAGGAGCUGGUGAGUCUGGCCUGUUUGCAGAGCAGCCUUCCAAGUGCACUUUAUGGGCUCUGCAUAAGUUUCCAGCUCUGUCUCAGAUACAUUGCAUAUGUCCCAGCCUCACUCCCUUCGGAGCUUACAUCAUUUGUUUUUAAGCUCUCCGGUAUAUUUUCUCUUCCUCUUCCAAAGGCUGUAAGGAAUUAGCUGCUAAACUAAAACAGGAGGGCAGUUCUCCUGCUGAUAAAGAGUCAAUUUUGGCCCAAGUGCAGAGCCCCAGUCUGCAGCACAGCUUCCAGAGCAGCUCCUGUGUCCAGCUGCCAGAGGAGUGGUGCUCACACCUUCCACAUCCCAGGGCAGGCAAGGAGCCACGGUGGGAAACCCAGAGGUGAGGCCACAAUGGCAGAACUGGGAUGGCCAAAGGGAGGUUUUGAUACCUGGUUGUCUUCCACAUCCAGAGCUGCAGCUUGCCAGAGUCCCUGGAAAGGCUGCAGGACUUCCCUGGGGAGGCUGGUGGUCCUAGAGGCCUGCUGAGGUGGAACAGGGCUGUUCCUGCAGCUGUUGAGGUUUCACAGCCAUGAUCACAUGAAUCUCAAAGGGGGUGUCCCACCGUGGUCUCCCUCACCUCAGCUCCCCUUUUGCACUCUCUGUGCUGGUUUGGACAAUCCCCCACUCUGCCCAGCUCACACAAGUCCCCAGUUAAUACAUUUUAAAAUCCCUUUGUGUGCUUCAGAGCUCAUUGCCUGUGAGCUGGGAGAUGGAUUCCUCCUCACCCCACAUCCCAAAGGCUGCAAAGCUGCUCUGAAAUCACCCCAGAGAUCGGUACUACCCACGAGCCCAGAGGAGGGGGCACCUCUGCCCUUGCCAGGCUGGGAGGACGGGCUGUGCCCAUCAGCUGGGCAGGAGGAUCGUGGUUUAAAGCUGCUCCCCAAAGCAGGGUCACUGACCAGUGCUGUCAGUCAGUCCUGAACUCAGGGUAACUGAAAGGAGGAGAAAGGAUUAUGAUGAUUUACUGCAGUACCAGGAAAUGAGUGGCCCCCACGGGAGCCAACCUGGCAGUUCCUAUUGAUUCUUUUUUUUGCUUUCUUUGUUCCUUUUCAUUUUUUUUCCCUGCCCACUGUUAUUGCACACAUUGAUUCCCCUGAGGGGUCUCUUUUGAGUCAGAUUCCCCAUGAGUCUCCAGACUGCAGCUUCUCCCACCAGGCCUGUUUUUGGAAUAUUCUGGAGGAGAAGCUGCUUUGUCUGGGCUGGAUCAAAGCACCUCCCUUCCCUCGUGGCCUCCUGGGCUCCAGCAGCAGCAGGAGGAGGUGGGGAGCAGGAGAGCAUCUCAUGGUAGAGAUGUGAGCUCUGUAAUCCCCAGUGUCUCAGAAAUGGGGAUCCUUCUGCCUUGAAACCCUCUUGUUCCCUCCCUCCAGGAGGGAAAUUUCCACACACCCCAAUCCCAGGUCCUCACUCAGCCCCGUGGCCCCCAAGAAAAUGGAAUAUUUCCUGGGGUGAGGCCAUUUUGAUGGGUGCACAAAGAGUUUUUGCUUCCUGCAAACCAAACUUUUCUCCUCUUGGUAAAUUUUAUAGGUAGAACUCGAAAUCCUCCUCUUCAGGAACCUCCUCCUUGUAAAGGGCAGAUUUAGUGUCCUGCUGAGUUAGACAAGGGAGAUGCUGGACUUCCCUUUGCUUUGGAGAUUCAAACAAAUGGCAGGUGAUUUAUUUUUAGCAUUAUCUCCUUGUCUUGGGGAGGGGAGCCACAUUCUAAAGGCUCAGAGGUGCUGGGAAGUAAAGCUAUAUAUGCAUAAAGACUGUUUCAAUGCUGAACACUAAACUUAGUGAUGGAUUUAAAAAAAAAAAAAAGAAUGUGAAUAUGCACUUAAUGCAGAAUUUUAUGGAUGGUCCUAAUUUAAUAUAUUGCAAACUUUGUAAAUACUUGGGAAAAGCCUGUAAAGUAUGUAAAUAAAUGAGAUUUGUAUGUAAGAAGAAUAAAAAAGUUUUUAAUUUUUGCAAUUAAAUACAAGUGUUAAUGACCCUUU